AUGUCUAACAAAACCCAGACCAAAAACACAGACUUUACACUGGUGGGACUUACAGAAAAGCCAGAACUUAAACUUAUUCUUUUUGUUGUGUUUCUCCUUAUAUAUAUAACCACGUUGAUUGGAAAUGUAUCCAUCAUUCUUGCGUAUAAUUUAAGCCCGAAUCUUAAGAAUCCGAUGUAUUUCUUUCUUACCAACUUUUCCUUUCUAGAAAUUUUUUACGUUUCAUCCACGACUCCCAAAAUGUUGGCCAAUUUCCUGUCAGGAACUAAGACCAUAUCCUUCUAUGGUUGUGCAGCCCAGUUGUACUGUGUGCUUCUUUUGGCUGGGACCGAGUUUUACAUUCUUGCAGCCAUGGCGUAUGACCGAUAUAAUGCUAUAUGUCAUCCAUUGCUUUAUACGGUCAUUAUGAACAAAAUAGCUUGUAUUCAGCUCAUUGCCGGGUCAUGGGUCAUUGGUGCAACCAAUGCUUUAAUUCACACCGCAUUUACAUUCACCUUGCCUUUCUGUGAUUCUCGUACACUCAAUAGCUUCUUUUGUGAUGUUCCUGUAUUACUGAAACUGGCAUGUAAGGAUACUUGGCUCAAUGAGCUUAUUGUCUUUAUCUUUGGCGGUGGAAUGACAGUGGGGUCACUUACAUUGACAAUUAGCUCUUACAUUAAGAUCAUAUCAACAAUCUUGAGAAUCCAUUCGAGCCUUGGGAGGAAAAAAGCUUUUUCCACUUGCACAUCUCACUUGAUAGUUGUUACUAUUUUCUACGGUUCUGUUAUUUUUAUGUAUUUGAGACCCAAGUCAAGUUAUGGUAAGGAUGAGGACAAGUUGGUGGGAAUUAUGUACACGAUUAUUGCUCCACUAUUGAAUCCUUUUAUUUACAGUCUCAGGAAUAAGGAAGUCAAAACUGCCGUAAAAAAAAUAGUGAACAGGAUUAUGACGGCAAUAACUCUUUGA